GAAACGCCCGCCAAGGUUUCAGAGGAUGAGAACGAAUAUAAGCCGUCCACAGCCGUACUUUCCCGCAACAUCACGUCGUCUUGUUCUCUAUCUUGGACAUGCCAGGCAAAAUCCCGGCCAUGCCACUUCAACCAUGUUCUAGGGUUCAGCCCGCGAAGGCGUCGCCGACGUUUUCAGCCGUGGAGACGUUGAAAACAUACUGGCUCCCUCUUACGCUUUUCGCAGCUUCUCUCUACUUUCAGCUCCUCGUCCUUCCCCACUUUUUCCCUCCUUCGCAUUACGACGUUUUGGGGAUCAAACGGUUUAGCUCGACUGAAGAAGUAACUAAAGCAUACGAAAAAAUAACCUCCCAAUGGAGUUCAAGCACAGAUGCUGGUUCAACUAAUGAUUUUAUCAAGGUUCAAUAUGCAUUUGAGCUGCUGACAAAUCAGAUAUGGAAACGAGAUUAUGACAUUUUUGGUAUUGAUGAGCAGCAUGAUGUUAUUGAUAAGGCCAAGGUGCAAUAUAAUGGGACAAGCAUUUCUGAAAUCCGUCUUCCUCUGAUUGAACCUGUUUCUUUUGAACUCGCAGAUUGUGACUAUGGUCUCGUUAACUCUGACAGCUUUGUGUCCGUGCAUGAAAGCAAUAAGGCAUUUCUGGUUCAGAUGCUUUCUUUUGGGAGUGGACAAUGCCAGCAAUUUUUACACAAGUGGAAGAGGAUCGUUGAAUUGCUGGACGGAGUUGCAAAUACUGGAAUGGUUGAACUUGGUGAUGCUCAGCUUGCAACAUAUCUAGCAGAGAAGAGAUCUAGUGGACAGCCUUUCUUCAGAUACGGAGUUCCUGCACUCGUGGCUUUUCCUCCAGGUUGUAAGAGUUUGAAAUGUCUUCACAGGUAUGAUGGACAGCUAUCUGUUGAUGCAGUUACUGAUUGGAUUGCAACUGACAUUCUUAGAUUGGCACGUAUCCCUUACUACUUGAAAGAGUCAAUGGCACAAAAGUUUCUUGCUAAGAGCAAACCACACAAGGUCAAGGUCAUCUUCUUCUCAAAGACAGGAGAACGUGCUUCCCCAUUUAUUCGCCAAGCAGCUAAAAGCUACUCAGCUUUUGCUGAUUUUGCAUUUGUAUUUUGGCAGGAAAGAGAAUCUUCUUUAUGGUUGAAUAUGUUUGGUGUAGAGUCAGCUCCUGCCUUGGUUUUUCUGAAAGAAACCGGGGUUCGGCCCAUCGUUUACCAUGGCUAUAUCAAUAGUUCAAUGUUUCUAGAUAUUAUGGAGAAGAAUAAACAUCAAGUGCUGCCCCAAUUAAGAAGUGUCACUUCAAUGGAGUUGGGCUGUGAUGCUCGAGGCUUUUCACGUGCUGGAAAUGACACCAAGGUUUGGUACUGUGUUGUUUUAGCUGGAAGGCAAAGCCAAGAACUUAAUGAAAUGCGUGAAACCAUGCGGAGGGUGCAAGGAACACUUUCAAAUGGAGAGUGGAAUACAGUUGAUCAAGAUUCUUUCUCAGCUAUAGCAGAACUUGCUCUGAAAGAAAAACGGUUGACGUUUACCUGGCUAGAUGGAGAGCAACAAAAAAGAUACUGCUUCUUCUAUGUCAAUUCGGAAAGUAGUUAUGAGACAUGUGGACCUAGAUAUGACAUAACAGAUGUCUCGAAGUUGUUUAUUGUUCGUUAUUCGAGGAAUUCUACUGACGAAAAGAAUGAUGAUACACCCAAAAACAGUUAUGAAGCAUUGUUUGCUGCUGAUACUGAUCCUGCAUCCCAACUUGUGGCAACAUACAGUGGUCCACUUAAAAUUCCAGAGAUCAUACAAUGGAUUUCUGAGAUAAUAAAAAAUGGUGACUCCAACGAUCUACCAUCUUUUAAAACCAAGACCCCAGAGUUGGUUCCUGAGGAAGCAGAUUCUAUUUGGUCCACUGGUUCUCAAACAAUCAUCGCCCCAACCAAAGGAAUAAAGCCAAAGAUCAAAGGCUUUGUAAAUAAAGUUCAUGAUUACCUAGGGGACCCAAGGAUCGGGCCUAUCUUGCUUCUGGGAGCAUUAUUAUCCUUUGGACACAUUUGGCUCCGGAAAAAUCAGCCAAGUCAUGUAAGACAGACAAAUGAUUCAAGCCAACCACCAAAUGGUACGAGGAAGGAAAAGCCUAAGGGGAAGGACAGGCUCAACCUAAGGAAGGGGCAGCUGAGAAACCAACUGAUACCGCCUUCAUUAACUGAUAUAGAUCCAAAAGAUGCUCAGCAGAUGGAAUUCUCAAACUCUGAUACUGAGUAAGUAUAAUUCAGACCCCAACAACAAUGGCAAACAGGUCGUCUUGAUAGGACCCCGAACUUUACAUGACCUCAAGUUCAUUUUACCUUUGACGUUUUGUCCCUAGGGUACAUUUUCAUUUCUUUUCUGGCCUGUUUUGUUAAGUUUAGGUUUUGCACGUCAUGUCUUUUAGGACGUGCAAUAGGUGCUUGGAUCCAGGGACCACUUUUAUAGGAGGCCUAAAAAAUUUAGCAUGUAGUAGUAGUUAUAGAUUGACUUUUCUAGAUGUGAUUAUUAUUCUAGAUUUAAAAAGGUGUAUAAUUUGUAGAUUAUCUAAUUUGUACACUUUAAACAUUAUAAAACUUGUAUUUUACUGAAGUAUCUAGUCUAUUUUCAUUUCAUUGUUA